CUUAAAUAGUAUGUUUAAUCAAAAAACGAAUUUAAAUUUCUGAACUAGUUCAAAUUUUAAUAUGGCUAAAUGAUUUUCGAGGCAUUACUUCCUAAUAUGAAUUUAUUCAAACUAAUAUUUUAAAAAACAAUUUUUUUUUAAUUUUAAAUUAGAAUAAGUAUAUUUUAUAUUACUAAAUCAUUUUGUUCAAGGCUAAUUAGACCAAUGGAAGAAAGGAGAGUAGUUGAUUAUUUUGUGGUAGUUGGUGCUUCCGAUGAACAAUCCCAUGAUGAUAUAAAUUCGACUCAUUUAAAACAAAGUUUAUGUUCUGACCUUCCUCCUAUUACAGAUUUAGCUAUUGUUUUCCCCUCUCUCGGAGAAAAAGUACCUUCUGAUUUUAUUGUCGUAGAUACAACUCCAAGUGGAUUAAUAGCUGAUCUUAAUCAUGGUAGUUUAAGAAGUCCAGAAGUAUUUUUAUGUUAUCGCCGUGGACGUGAUAAACCCCCAAUAGUGGAUAUUGGUAUAAUGUAUGAUGGCAAAGAAAGAGUUUUAAAAGAUGCCCAGGUAUUAAAAACUACAGUUAGUGGUGAAGUUGCAAAUAUUAAUAAUUCUACAUCAUCGAAAACUUUCAUAACUUAUAGACGUGCUUUACCUACUGCACCAUGUAAUAUAUUAGCUGUAUCUCAUAUUUGUGUAGUUAUAACUAGUCGAGGAGAAACACCACCACAUGCCUUUUGUUUAAUACAUAAAAACUUGAAUAAAGGCAUGGUUGGGUCAGAUGUAUACCUGUGUUACAAAAAAUCUGUUAUGAAACCUAAAUCAAUCACUUAUAAACCAGUAAUCACUAAUCGGUAUCCAAAAGAAGAUAGAAAUUAUUUUCAUCUUUUACCAUCAGUAGCAUUAUUUUGUUUACCAAUGGGUGCAACACUUGAAGCUUGGCCAAAUCAGGCAAGCCAACCAAAACCAGUAUUUUCAACUUUUGUAUUAACUGUUAGUGAUGCUUCUGAAAAGGUUUAUGGAGCAGCUAUAACAUUCUAUGAAAAAUUCAGUGGUAAUCUAUCAAAUGAACAAAAAGAAUUGUUAGGUCUCAAUGAACAUCAUAAUGAGUUAAAAAAUGGAAUUGGCUUACAUUCAAAUAAAAGUAUUUGUGUAUUAUCUCAUUGGCCAUUUUUUGAUACAUUUGAAAAAUUUCUCAUGUUUUUGCUUAAUACUUCGCUUGGUGAUAAAAUACAUAUACCUGUUGAACGGUAUAUUACACACUUAGUUGAUGAAGUACCAUUUCCAUCACCUGAGAGACCUCAAAUUCUUGUACAAUUAUCAAUGGACACACAGCUUAUCUUAACACAACCUGAAGACUUACCAAUACCACGGAGUGGAGCAGGAUUUCAUCAAAUGAUUAUGAAUUUGCACCCAGAUAACUGUCUUCUUCUUUUAUUAUGUGCUUUAACAGAACAGAAACUUCUAAUUCAUUCUCUAAGACCUGAUGUACUUACAGCAGUAGCAGAAGCCAUUUCUUCUUUGAUAUUUCCUUUCAAAUGGCAAUGUCCAUAUAUUCCUUUGUGUCCGUUAAGUUUAGCUGAAGUACUACAUGCUCCAUUACCAUUUUUAAUUGGAGUAGAUUCAAGAUUUUUUGAUUUGUAUGAGCCACCUACUGAUGUAACAUGUGUCGAUUUAGAUACAAAUACUGUGACAUUAUGUGAGGAUAAAAAAUACUUAUCUAUUAAAUUACUUCCAAAAAAAUCAGCAAGAGUUUUAAAAUACACAUUAGAAAAACUUUACGAAAAACUUGAUGAACUACAAACCAGCUUUCACACUUCAAAUAACAAAAAUUUUGGUGAAACUAGUAUUGAUAAAGAUAUCUUAAUGAAACGCAAAGAGCAUGAAUUAGAAUUAAAUAUUCAAGAAGCUUUCCUUCGAUUUAUGGGAUCAAUAUUAAAAGGUUAUCGCUGGUUUUUGAGACCAAUUACAAAGGCACCAACAGCUGGUACUACAGAUACAAGUUCAUUAUUUGAUUUGUUAGGUUUUUUAAAAUCUAGAGACAAAUCAAACCAAAAAUUUUACUCACUUUUAACAAAAACUCAAAUGUUUAUUCGUUUUAUUGAAGAAAGGUCUUUUGUAUCCAAUAUGGAUGCUGCGUUGGAAUUUUUUGAUGAAUGUUCUGAAAAAAUUGACUCUGAAAAUAGUCCUACCAGACUUAUUGAGUUAGACUCUUGUGGUCAAAGUGAACGAACUGUGUUUAUCAUGCCCCCAGAAAUGUCAGACAUGCCAAACAUGGUUCCAUAUUCUUAUAAAAAUGGUUUCAUUUUAAACUCAGAAAUAUUAAAGUGCAAAGAUUCAAAAAAUCAACUAAAAAUUAAAAAUGAUGAUCAUUUACCUAUUCCUGGAAGCCCUAUGGCAAGGCGCACUAAACAUGAAGUAAAAUCAGCUCAAAAAUUGGCAAAAAAAUAUUCAACAUCUCCUGGACUUUGGGCAAAAUUUUUACUUGGAACAUGUUAUAGUUUAUGGUUUAUACAUUUACCAAGUCAUAUUUUACAAUCAGAAGACCGUGCUGCAUCAAUUUUACGUUUAGCAUAUGACUUAUUGAAUAAAUUUCAAAAAAAUGGGGUUCAACGAUUAACUGAUGAAGUGUGCUAUAGGGUAAUGAUGCAACUUUGUGGCAUUUACAAUCAACCUAUGUUAGCUGUGAAGCUUUUACUUGUUAUGAAGCGAUGUGGUUUGCAUCCAAAUGCAAUUACUUAUGGUUUUUAUAAUAGAGCAUUAUUAGAAUCGACAUGGCCCUCUGAUUUAAGAACACAUAGUCAAUUACUUUGGAAUAAACUUCGGAAUGUUGUGAUAUGUACAGCUUUAUUUAAACAAGCUGGAUUACAAAACAGAAAAAGACGAAGUUCUACUGAGGACGAAAAGACAUCACAUACAUCUGAAGAAAGUUUGUUAACAGCUGAAAAGCAAUCUUCAGUUUCAAAUACACCUAGAAAGCUAUCAAUAAAUGUUGAAUCAAAUUAUGGGUUAAGAGCACGUCCAAUCAGUAUAGUUAAACAAAAUUCUUUAUCUCCUGAAGAUGACCAGUCCUGGAGCUCACAACAAUUUGAAAGUAGUGCUGGUCUUUUGAUGACUACUACAUGCUCAAGACCAAGUUCAGCUAGUUCAAAACCAAAUAGUGAUUCUGUUUCUGUAGAAAGUGAAACAGAUUUGAAAAGAGGCCGUAGUGGGUCUUUAACAGAUGAAAUUAGACUUCAAAUAUCACCUAGAAGACAUCAUUAUCAUCAACCGUUAAUUAACACAUCUAAUGAUACAUCAUCAGAACUACUCAAAUUAUUAAAACGCUCAAAAAGUUUUGGUAAUGAUGCUCAAAUACUAAAAAAUCUUAAUGAUUUAAAAUAUCAAACUGAUUUUAAAAAAACUAAUGGAAUAUCAAAAAAAUUAGUCUUUGAUAAUAGUGUAAAAUCAUUUGAUUCUUCUUUAGAAAAUCUUUCAGAAGAAAACACUUGUAAUAGAUUUCCAGAGGCAGCACUGUGUACUCCAGUGUUGGAAAAUGAUCCUCUAGGAGCAUUGCAAGAACCAUUAACACCAACUCUUUGUCCUUUAGUGACUCCUAUUAGUAUUCCUAGAGUACAGUCAGGUAUAGAACUUGACCGCAGUGGAUCACCUAUAUUAUUUCGCGAAUGGGGAAGUAUUCACAGAAGUGCUACUUUUAGUGAUAAUGUAGGAAAUAUUGACAAUCAUAUGCAAAGAUCGUCCACUAUGCCAGCUCAUAGUAUUAAAGAACCAGAACAUCAACAAAGUCCAAUUAAAAUUUCACUGGGAUCAGCUUUUAAAAUACCUUUUUCUCAAUAUACUUCAUCAAAAUUUUCAUUACCACGAAAGUCUGACUUUCGAUUGAGUACCAAUAUGAUUGAAAAUGCAAUUAACAACUUCAGUCCUUCUAGUUUUUCUGGUAAAAAAUCAAAUGAAAUUCUUAUGGGUGGAUUAACUAGCUUAAAAAGUGCUGCAAAUACAGUUGUUAAAAAAUUUGAUGAAAUAAAAGAAGCGAUAUCUACAAAUAAUACACCAAUAAAAGAUUACAUUCAAUGCUCAAAAGAUGAGGAUAAAUGGAUAGAUGAUGUUGAUCAUCAGUUUAAUGAACCAAGUGUUAGGCGAAAAAUAUCAAGUGAAAUAUCUUCAUUAGCAGUUGCUCAACAUUUUGAUUCUUGGAGUACUAAUUUAAUUGAACUUUUUACUGAUGGCCACAAAAAAAGUGGUUCUUGUAAUAUAAAUUCAGGUUUUGACACCUUAGAUUUUUCUGAAUUAAGUCUAUUUCAAGAAAAAUUAUACCAACGUUCUAUUCGUACUACUGAGUUAGUAGCUUUAGAAAUCAUUAUGACUACAUGUUCAAAAUGUCAUAACUGUGGCUGUUUACUAUUUGAUGAAGAAAUAAUGUCUGGUUGGGUUCCUGAUGAUUCAAAUUUAAAUACAAAAUGUAGAUUGUGUAAUAAAGAUGUGGUACCUUUUUUAACUAUCGAUAUUAUUGAUUAUCGAUCAAAAGAUGUUUAUUUAAAUGAAAUUGAUGAUCAAAAUAAAAUAUCAAAUUUUAAUUUACUUACAGAUAAUGUUAAAGAAAAAGGAACAUCAAAAAAUUGUUACAGAACAGAUACGAUCACAGUUCCUUAUUUAAAUCCUCUUGUAUUACGCAAAGAACUUGAAUCCAUUUUGGCUGCUGAAGGUGAUGUAUCAUUAACACAUUAUAAAUUUGUUGACGAGCAUCCUAUUAUAUAUUGGAAUUUAGUUUGGAUUUUCGAAAGGAUUGAUGUACCAUCACACAUUUCAGGCCUAUGUCUUAAUGCAGCUAGUAUCCUUGGUGAUAGAGAUAUUACAACUUUCCAUUCAAUUUGGUCCUCCUGUGAUUCUUCAAAUGUAUUAAUUAUAAAUCUCUGGGAUAACCCUAAAUUGUAUGAUGAUAUUGGGCUACCAAUGUAUUCAUUUUGGUCUAAUGAAGAAACAAAAGAGAGUUGUUUGAUUAGUGCAUUGGUUACAGAUCGAAAUACUAUUCCAAAAAAUCUAAUGACAAAAGUAAUAGCUAGUAUUCGUCGAAAUAAUUUGACUGAUCCAUUGAAAAAAUUAGCUUUUGAAAGGAAUAAAUUAAGAGGAAACGAUUUAUCCCAUAGUCAUUCAUUAUAUAGAGAUAUUCUAUUUUUAACUAUUACUGCUAUUGGUCGUGAAAACAUUGAUAUUAGUGCAUUUGAUCAAGAAUACUUGAUUGCAUUUGAAAAUUUGUCAGAAAAUGAAUCUAAGAUAUUAUUAAAAUGUGAUCAUCCAAUUUCAAUAGGAAGUCAAUAUUGUCGUCAUCUUUUUAAAGAACUGGAGCUUUCAAAUUAUAAGUGAUAAUUUUACUACUUUUUAUAUAUUAAUGUUAAAUAUAUUUUAAACUGGAAUUCAUUGCUCAUCUUAUAUUCAUUUAUUUAUUUUACAUAACAAUGGAUGUAACCCAGCUUAAAUUCUUUUUUAGUUAGUCAGUUAUUUAUUGACUUUAAUUAUUGUUUAUGGAUAUUUUUUAUAAUGACUAGGUAUAUAUUUAAUACCCUGUUAAAAUUGUUAUUUGCAUACAAAUCUGUUGUAUUUUUUAUAUACUGUAAAUAAAUCUUAUGUUAAAUAUUGCAA